ACAGAACAACUACAAAGCUUGAAAGUUGGAAGAAUACAAAAAAAAACCCUUUAAAGCGAAUAUUAAUAAUUGUCAUACCGCUCUGCUCCGCUACCACCCAUUACCCACCCCACCUCACUUAAACUGCCUCUACAUCUUUUUCGUUAUCUCAUGAAUGUAUUGCACAUGGCAAAUGAACAGAGAAACAGAUUCUCUUUUUCCGUCACCAUCAUCGUCAUCGUCACGUUCGUUCGUUCGUUGGUUUAGUUGAUGUUGAUUCACUUUAGUACGCCGCAGGGGGCAGAGCACAGAGCAUAGAAAGUCGUAGUCACGUCGUCCAAGCCCAAGGAACGUCCACAUUUUCUACGAACAAGAACGACACCAACAACCAACCAACAACACCAUAUAUAUACACACCACAAAACCUCCUCUAAAGCUAAACCAAAACCAAAAGCAAAAACCAUUUGGAUUGGGAGAGUGAGACAAUUUUAUUUCGACAAGUAGUCUACUCUGCCGUCUCCCUACUUAUUGAUCUCCGAUUCACUUGGUAGUGAAAAGAAAAAUUGUGUGUCGAUAAUUCGUUCGGAAAAUUUUUUUAAUGAAAAUCCUAAACUGCUAACCCGAGUGUGGAGGUGUAGCGCUGAUCAUAAUAAUUUAAAAAUAAAAAUAAAUUAUUAUAUAUUUUGCCUUAAUAUAAAUUAAAAAAAAAAAAGAAACAAAAAACAAUUAAAAUUAAAAAAGUGAACAGACAAAUAAUAUUAAAAUAAUAUACAACAAAAAUGGCAUUUGCUGGAUUAAAAAAGAAGAUAAACAAAGCCAACCAGUAUGUAACAGAGAAAAUGGGUGGUGCUGAAGGCACCAAACUAGACAUGGACUUCAUGGAGAUGGAAAGGAAGACUGACGUCACAGUGGAACUCGUCGAGGAGCUGCAACUAAGGACGAAGGAGUUUCUGCAGCCAAAUCCCACAGCUCGAGCAAAGAUGGCUGCAGUCAAAGGUAUUUCAAAGCUCUCCGGUCAGGCCAAGAGUAAUACUUAUCCACAGCCUGAGGGCAUUUUGGCCGAUUGCAUGCUCACCUAUGGCAAGAAGCUAGGCGAAGAUGGUAUCUUUGCAUGUGCUUUGAUUGAAUUUGGUGAGUCUUUAAAACAAAUGGCCGAUGUUAAAUACUCCCUCGAUGACAAUAUCAAGCAGAAUUUCCUCGAGCCACUGCACCAUUUACAAACUAAAGACUUGAAAGAGGUAAUGUACCAUCGAAAGAAACUACAAGGUCGAAGGUUAGACUUCGAUUGCAAGCGUCGCCAAAAAGCCAAGGACGACGAAGUCCGAGGCGCCGAAGAGAAAUUCGAAGAAUCCCUACAGGCAGCUCAGAUGGGAAUGUUCAAUUUACUCGAUAACGAUACCGAGCCAGUGUCUCAAUUAGUGGUCUUCUGCGAGGCUCUGUACGAUUACCAUUCGCAGUGCGCUGACAUGCUCAAAAUUUUACAAGAAACACUGCAACAGAAACGCGAAGAGGCAGAAAAUCGUCCAAAGGUUGAAUUUGUUCCCAAGUCCCUGAACGAUCUUAACCUAGACUCACACGACGACAAGCCAAUGCAUCUAGAAGUCGAAGGCGAACCAUGGGAAGGUGGCCGACAACCAUCGCCACUAUCAUCGCCAGUCAAGUCGCCCGCAAGGACACCAACUAUCAAUAAGCCGCCAUCCUGUCAGGCACUAUACGACUUCGAACCAGAGAAUCCAGGCGAGUUGGGCUUCAAGGAGAACGAUAUUAUAACUCUAUUGCAGCGUGUCGACGAGAACUGGUACGAGGGCACAGUCAAUGGCCGCACCGGCUACUUUCCACAGUCUUACGUUCAAAUUGUUGUCCCACUUCCAAAUACAAAUUAAAUCAAUAAAAAACAACAACUCUAACUCCAACUCUCAGCCUGUCUCCAAGUCUCCAAACAAAACAAAAAAAAAAAACAAACACACUCUCUAAAUCUCUAGCAUACAGGUGUUGCUUGAUCCAAUGUUACAAAUUAUAAUAAUUAUUACUUUACAAUUACGAUGCUUAAAAUGUAUUGAUAUACCUACCUGAAACAAUAUUAAUGUUUAAUGUUAAUGUUUUAACCAUUUGAUUCGUGCGAAUUUUUGAACAAAAAAGAAAAACAAAAAUUAAAUAUAACUAAAUACAUAAUUAUUAUUAAAAAAAAAAAAUACAAAAAAAAACAACAAAAAAAAAAGAAUAUAAUAAUUGUACUUGUCUCUCAGAAUUAAUAUAAAUUAUAUGAUUAAUUUUUAUUGAUUUAUUUUUUAAUCGUUGUUCUGUUGUUUUUUGGGUUGAGGAUGGCAUAGCCGCCUCUUGCCUUCUCUCUAAUUAAAAAUUAUAAAUUUAAUAAUAAAUAAUAAUUAUUAAUUAUGUUCUCGUGUCAUUUGUGAAAGACAGUAUUGUAAACGGAAUUAUUGUGCAUAUACUAAAUUAUAAUACAAAUAAAAGUAAAAAUAAUAAAUUUAAAAUUUAAAACAAAGCAAAACAAAAAUUGAAACAAUAAGGAAAAUUAUACAAUAAAUAAAAUAUAAUAAAUUAAAAAAAA